UUUAAGCUACUGUGGUAUUUCAUUUAAAUAAUUUUCAAACUAAAACUUUAGUUUAUUAUCACAUCUUUGGAGGUUUUGUGAUAGCAUAAAUGGAGAAAGCCACGUGUUUUGCUCGUCCUCAUCUUCUUCCUCUUCCCGACUCUUCCUCCCGACAGCCCCCCCAAGCCCCUCUAGCCACCGACUCAUUUUUUGAGAAAAAUUGGUGACCAAGCUUGGGAUUUUCUCCUUCUCUUCUUGUUCUUGAACCCAGAAAUCCCCCCCCCCUCUGCUGGAAAUCCCGAAUCUGGUCUGCUUUUUCUCCCCUGUCCGCCGGCUGCUAUGUGGGUGUGAGGUUUUUGGGCUUUUCUGCCGCGAGUUCCCCUGCAGAAUUCCUUCUUCUCUGCCGCCGGCUUCUUCCCCCCUGCUAGGCUCGGUUUUGCUUGCUAAAUUCUGGUUUUGAUCGUUCUGUCACCGUAGCUCUUGGGUUAGCCUUCUGUUCUGUGCGAGUGAGGAAGUGAAACCGAGGACGGGGAAACCACGGGAAGUGACGAGUUAGAAGGCUAGCCAUCGUGUAAAUUGAAUAUGGAUUUUAGAUAUAGAUGAUGAUCUUGUAAGCGAGAUUUUAAUUGGAGAUUGUAAAUUCAUUUAGUGGAUUGUUAGUUUAUAAGAGAUUUGAUCAGGAGAUUUUGAGGUUAAGUCAUAUGGACAUAGAAAAGAAAUCUUGAUAUAUUCGAUCUGAGUUAUGGGAUUGUCAGAUGUGAAUUGAAUAAGUUCCGAACCUUGUGCAUUUGUGGGAUUCACUCACGAGUGCACGGCGUCUGUCACGUCCUUGGAUCUGGGUUCUGGGGCGUGACAAAAUAUAUGCAUUUAACUUUA